AUGGAUUCCAAAGGGACCACAGUUCUCUGCAGUUCUGUGCUCUACACCGUUCUUCAACGGAUCCAUCAGUACCCUGCCACGCCCGUCCCCCCAGCCCUGCCCUCUGCCCAGCCCUCUGCCCAGCCCUGCCCUCUGGCCCAGCCCUCUGCCCAGCCCUCUGCCCAGCCCAGCCUAGUCCAGCCCUCUGCCCAGCCCUGCCCUGCCCAGCUGCCCCCAGCCAUCCCUCCCAGCCCUCUGCCCUGCCCAGCUCAGCCUGCCCUCUGCCCUUGUCCCAGCCUCCCUGCCCAGCCCAGCCCUCCCCUGCCCCCCAUCCCUGCCCAGCCGCCCAGCUCAGCCCUGCCCUCUGCCCAGCCCAUCCCAGCCACUCAUCCCUCUGCCCUCCACUCUGCCCAGCCCAGCCCUCUGCCCCCCCCUGCCUCUCCUAGUCCAGCCCUCUGCUCUGCCCAGCCCUCCUGCCCAGCCCAGCCUAGUCCAGCCCUCUGCCCAGCCUCCUCUGCCCAGCCCAGCCUAGUCCAGCCCCUCCCCUCUCUGCCCAGCCCUGCCCUCUGCCCAGCCCCAUCCCUGCCUGCCCUCUGCCUGCCCUCUGCCCAGCCCUGCCCUCUGCCCAGCCCAUCCCAGCCCAGCCCUGCCCUCUGCCCAGCCCAUCCCUGCCCUCUGCCCAGCCCUCUGCCCAGCCUAGCCCAGCUCAGCCCUGCCCUCUGCCCAGCCCAUCCCAGCCCAUCCCUGCCCUCUGCCCAGCCCAGCCCUGCCCUCUGCCCAGCCCAUCCCUGCCCUCUGCCCAGCCCUCUGCCCAGCCUAGCUCCCUGCCUUCCCCAGCCUAGCCUAGCCCAGCCCAGCCAGCCCAUCCCAGCCCAGCCCCUGCCCUCUGCCCAGCCCAGCCCCUGCCCUCUGCCCAGCCCAGCCCAGCCCAUCCCAGCCCAUCCCCUGCCCUCUGCCCAGCCCAGCCCUGCCCUCUGCCCAGCCCAUCCCUGCCCUCUGCCCUGCCCUCUGCCCAGCCCUGCCCAGCCCAGCCCUGCCCUCUGCCCAGCCCUGCCCUCUGCCCCAGCCCAGCCCUCUGCCCAGCCCUGCCCUCUGCCCAGCCCAUCCCAGCCCUCUGCCCUCUGCCCAGCCCAUCCCUGCCCUCUGCCCAGCCCAGCCCAGCCUUCUGCUCUGCCCUCCUGCUCUCCCAUGCGGCCCCUCAGCAGCUGGUUGCAGCCGUGGCCUACUGGUUAG